AUGCCGGGUGCGUCGCGUUCAGAGUUGUUGCGAUGGCUCACCGAGUUGCUCGACAUGAAGGUGGACCUGGUCGAGCUGUGCGGCACCGGCGCCGUGUUCUGCCAGCUCCUAGACUACAUCUACCGGGACAUCCCCAUGCACAGAGUCAAGUUCGACACCACCAACGACUUCGAUUACCGUACUAAUUGGAAGAUAUUACAGAUGCUGUUUAACAAGCAUAAUAUCACCAAAGUGAUCGACGUGGAAAGAUUACUCAAAUGUCGGUUACAGGAUAACUUGGAGUUACUCCAGUGGUUUAAGAAAACUGUUGACGAACGAGGUCCGUUUGAACCCUAUGACGCCGCGGCGCGGCGAGCAAUGGCGCCGCCAGCUCCCGGGGCCGGGUCAGGGCGCUCUCUGGUGGCGGCGCUGGCGACGGGGAGACGGGUACUGAGUGGUACUACUCCACAACGGAGGCCACCGUCACAGCUGCUGGUGGGACCCCACCCUACUCCCGUGCGCCACCCGACGCCGCCGCUGGGCGCUAACGGUGCGGCUACCGGUGCCGGCACCGGGGCCAGUGCCCGAGAAGUGGCCGACUUACGGGAGCAGUUGGAGCUGGCGACUAAGGAAUCGGCCGAGCUCCGCAAGCUGUGUGACUCGCUCGAGACUGAGCGUAACUUCUACUUCAAUAAGCUCCGCAACAUUGAGAUCCUCACCCAGAAUAUCCUCGAGACCCCCGCCGACGUCGACACUUCUUCCGUCGCCAGUCUCACGGUGGCCGAGGUGAUGAAACAGGUGCAGCUGAUCUUAUACCGGGUCGACGACGGGUUCCAGUUGAACGAGGUCGACGACGAGUCGUUCUGA